GGGUAGGUGUUUUUGGCCAUAUUUGGCAAGUGUUUAGAUGGUAUUGGGUAUAUGCGGUUUCAUUUUGAUAUUUUUCUGUGUCCUGUCUCAGCUAUACCUACUGCGUAAGUGAUGCUGAACAAGCUGCGGGUGGCAGUGUAUAGCGCUGUUGGUGGACAGGAGGAGCCAAUUGCUGCGGGGCCUCGACCACCAGCCGAUGAGCGUCUGCCCAAGUUUCCCUACAGCCGGCCAUCAUUCCUGCGGCUGGCUUCAGAGGAUGAGGUCCAGGUGGCGGCAGACAGGUCAAUCAGACCCAUCAUGGUGCCCAGAGAUAUCUCCUGCAUGCCCUGGAUGGCUGGAUAUGCAGAGGCAGUGAAUGCUGGGAAAAGCAAGCGUAAUGAGGACACUGCACAUCUGCACGUGGGCUCACUGCACCGGCCGGACGAGAGCGGCUCUGACACAGGCGCUCGCUCCGUGCCCUACUACUACUUUGGCCUGUUUGAUGGUCAUGCUGGCCACGGGGCGUCAACGGCUGCCGCCAACCAGCUCCACCACAUUGUGCAUGAGCGGCUGAUGGACAUAGUGGAGCACCUGCUGCCGCCGGACGGGGCGCCCGAGCCGGCCGCGCGCACAGACUUCUUCUGGGUGUCGUCCAGAGAGCUCUCCGUGGACAAACUGGUCACCGGCGCGCUCGAGGCCGCCUUCAACGAGAUGGACGAGCAGAUUGCCGAGGACCGCCGCCGGUACGACAUGCGCGGCGGCUGCACGGCGCUGGUGGCGCUCUUCCUGCUCGGUCGGCUGUAUGUGGCCAACGCAGGCGACUCGCGCGCCGUCGUCUGCCGCCGCGGCCGCGCCAUGGUCGCCUCGCACGACUUCACGCCCGAGACGGAGCGGCAGCGCGUCAGACAGCUGGCGAGUCGGCAGCCGUCACUGUGCGGUGGCGAGUUCACGCACCUCGAGUUCUGCCGGCGGCUAACGCGGCGCGACCUCGGCCAGCGCGUGCUCUACCGGGACGCCCACAUGACCGGCUGGGCGUACAAGACGGUCACAGAGAGCGACAUCAAGUUCCCCGUGGUCUGCGGCGAGGGCAAACGCAGCCGCGUGUGCGCCACAAUUGGCGUGACUCGCGGGUUCGGCGACCACAACCUGCGCGCUCAGAACACCAACGUCUACGUGAAGCCGUUCCUCCUGUCACAACCCGAGGUGCUCAUCAUUAACCUGGAGGAGGAGGCGGCCGUGACCGAGUCGGACGUGCUGGUGAUGGCCACCGACGGCCUCUGGGACGUGGUCUCCAACCAGCGGAUGGCCGAGCUGGUCGAGCGGGCGCUCAGCCACUUCCCGGCGCACGACCAGAGCAUGCGCCGAUACAGGUGUAUAUCGGCCGCCCAGGAGCUGGUGAUGGCCGCGCGCGGAAAGCUGCGGGACAACCGCCAGUGGCGCCGAUCGGACGGCUCUCCGGCCACCGUGGACGACAUCAGUGUCUUCGUCAUCCCGCUGCUGGCCUAUCGGGAGGAGCACCUCCAGUGGAAGGCGGCGAAUGCCCCUUCAGCUCCGGUGCUAUGUCCGCCGCUCACCAACGGUCUGUGCCCGGAGCGGGCCACCGCGGCUGGCGAGGGCUCGGCGCCGGACCGGAACGGCCAGCCGCCGGCCGCUGACGGUCAGCCCGAAUACGACCCCGCCGCGGCCGCGCCGCCGCUGGACGCCGGAGACGGGGGCCCGCAGGAGCUGGUGCGUCCCGCGGUCCCGCGGCCGGCGCACACGGUGCUGGGGACAGUGGGCGGGUCUGACGGCCGGCCGACCGGCGACGGACCGCCGCCGGUGAGCGGCGGGCCCGCGGCUCCGGCGGACGGGCCAGUGGGGACUGCCCUGUGUGGUAGUGCAGUGAGCACGCACCCCGCCACUGUCGCGGAGACAGUCCCGCCCAGAGCAGUGGGUACUCCGUCUGCCGGCUCAGUGACACAGCCAGUGCCUUAUAGUCCAGCGGCACCGGUGCCCACUGUCUCAGAGGUAGCUGUGUCCUCUGGCCCAGCUGCGACACCCGUGUUCCCCAGCCCAGCGGCGCCUGUGCUCCCUGUCAUUGUGGUGCCCACCGCCCCCAACACAUUGGUGUCGUCCGUUCCAAGCAGUGCCAACGUUCGCGAUCCACCCGUCACAGCAGUGUCUGCAUCAUCCACUCCAGCGGCAAGUGCCUCAGCGGCAGCAGUGGCGGAGUCCGUUCUCCCUGCCCCCGCGGCACCACCUGCAUCAGUUCUCCCCAGCAGCCCCGUGGUGGCACCGGUAGUGCCCGCUCUCCCCGACCCGGUAGCGUCACCUGCAGUAUCCGUUCUCCCCAGUAGUCCGGCAGUGCCACUGGUAGUGCCCGUUCUCUCCGACUCGAUGACGUCGGUCGCUCCGUCCAGCUCAACUGAUCACACCCCGCCCGACCCAGCUGCGUCGCCCGAUACCAUUCCAGCAGUGCCGCCUCUCGCUGCCGCGGCGGCAGUGUCAUCUCACGGCUCAGUAUUGGUUGACGCAUCUUCUCCGGCAGUCUCUGACUUUCCCACCGCAUUAGGUUCUGCUCCCUCCUCCUCAGUAGUCCAUACCAGCUCAUCUCCGGUGGUGAACGUCCCCUCUUCCCCUGUAGAAGCCGCUCCUCCCUCCCCAGUAGUACCUGUCCCUCCCUCCCCCGUAGUGCCAGUCCCCUCCGUCCCUGGAGUGACCGCCUCUCCGUCCCCAGUAGUUCCGGCCCUCUCCGUCCCAGCGGCACCGGUCACCGCCCCAGUACCGUCCUCCGCUCCCAGUCCGUCCAGUCCUUCGGCACUCCCGCCCGGGCCGGAGGAGCCGUCUGCCGCUCCGCUGAUCGUGGGCCAGACCGUCCCGCCGACCCUGGUACAGACUGUACCCCGGUCCAGCGUUCAGCUGCUACCCCCUGCCCCGGCCCCGGCGCAGGAGCAGGAGCAGUCGCCGAGCGACCCGCCUGGCUAGGGUUAGGUCAUAUCUCACCGGGGAGUCGGGGGCUGCGGGAGCAGUGCAGUGUGAUACUGUAUUCCUAUUAAACCGUGCCUUAUCGAGACAGCCCUAUCAAUAGACAGGCAUAUCACAAACACCUGUGUUGGUAAGCGUAGUCAAUUUAUUUAUUACAGUCGCCUAGCUCUGCUGUGUCUCACGUUUCGUGUUCACAUCUUGUAGCAUGUUCUGAAACUCAGAAUUCUCACUACUUACACGGUUUGUGUUGUUUUUAUGUCUUAGAUGAAAUAGCGAGAGGUAAUUGAAAUGGUCGCUUUGGCAAGUUGAUCCACAGAGCUCAAUGAGCAGUUUUUUUGCGUGCUAAGGACAGACACUAUCGAUUGCUUCACUUAUGAUUUAUGAACGCCUUUGACAAGUUUAUGAUCCUACUUUCUUAUUGGCUCCAUGUUGUUGCCGA